AUGGCCAGAGUAAAUUUGAGCGUAGUGGUGUUAGCAGUCACCCUGCUGCUGCUUGCAGAAACACAGGCCCAGAACCCCAGGAAGAGACUGGCACCUCCCAAGCCUGUCAAGGCUCAGUGCUGUGAUGAAGUGCGCUCCCUAAAGGUACAGGUAGCAAAUCUGACCAGUCUCCUGGAGGAGAUGAGUCGCAAGCAGGAGACAGACUUGUUGAAUAUCGUGAGGCAAAUGAUGGAUCUGGAUAAGCAGAACCGGCAACAGGAAGCUCGCGUGACAGAGGCAGAAAGCAAGUACUCAGAGAUCAACAACCGCGUGGAGAUGAUACAGCUACUACAAUCUGCAAAUUCAGUCACUCAGACCUCAUCUGAUGCCGUUUAUGACUGUGCAUCACUGUACCACAGAAACUACAAGAUCUCUGAAGUGUACAAACUGCCUAAAGAUGACUUUCUGGGUACCCCUGAGCUUGAUGUCUUCUGUGAUAUGGAGACAAGUGGUGGGGGCUGGACUCUCAUCCAAAGGCGUAAGGUGGGCUUGACAUCAUUCAACCGUGACUGGAAGCAGUACAAAAAUGGAUUUGGAACGAUCCGUGGGGACUUCUGGCUGGGCAAUGAACACAUCUUCCGCUUAACAAGGCAACCCAGUGUGCUGAGGAUAGAGAUGGAGGACUGGGAGGGAGAGACUCGCUACGCUGAGUACGGCUUUUUCACUGUGAGUAAUGAGCUUAACAGCUACAAGCUCUUCCUUGCCAACUACAGUGGGAACGCCGGAGACUCCCUGCGCUACCACAACAACACCAACUUCAGCACCAUCAACAAGGACAAUGACAAGUGCGUGGAUGACUGUGCUUCACUGCGCAAAGGUGGUUACUGGUACAAUUGCUGCACUGACUCAAACCUGAAUGGUGUUUUCUAUCGCUAUGGGCAGCACACCAAGAGCACAGAUGGGAUCACUUGGUAUGGCUGGCAUGGGCCCAACUACUCCCUUAAGAGAGUUGAAAUGAAGGUCCGACCACAGAGUUUUCAUCCAUAAAUGCUUUAGUUGCAGGCCAUGGACGAAGAUGAUAUGCAUGCUUGCUGAGAGAUCUAAGAAAUACCUGUGCAAACAAAGUGUGGCUUUCUUUUCACUGGGAGAUGAAAAAGUUCCUUGUUAUUGUCUGGAGAAGUUUCAUUGGGCUGAAUGUGUGACGUUUUUGCCGUGUUUGAUUGUAAAUUGUAGUUCAUUUCAUAUAUUUAUCAGUAAAAUAUUUUAUUUUCUUAUAAGCUUUAAUAGAAACCCUUCUACCACUGUUUAAUAUGGGUAACUGGAUUUUGAUUCCUUUUAUCAUUUUUCUGAAAAGCAUUAGGAUAUAGUUUUUGAUCAUAAAGUGGACCAUAGGCUACAGUAUGACAACAACUAAUGUGCUGGCAUGACCAAUAAUGGCCAAAAAAAAAAAAAAGAAAGAAAAAGAAAACAUCAGAAUCUAUCAGAUAUGUUACAAAGGACCUUUGUGAGUUACUGGAAUGGGACCAAAGUAUUUCCUAUGAAUUACACUGCAGAUUUUAAUGUAAAAACCUAACUGUUGAUGAGGGACAUGUGUACUUUGUAAAAUGUGUACAGCUCUAUAAUUGUGUUGUUUUAUGGGAUAGAAAUUAAAGUUGUAUUUUUAAAAA